UUCCAGGCGCUUGGACAUCGCGAGGCAUUGUGGGUAGGAGACGGGUGGAACCAGCGCCAUUUCGUGCUGACUGUGUUACAAGAAGCCAGUGUGUCUGGGGUACGGCCUUACGGCUGCACAUCCAAAUCAACCACGUAUUCGAAUUCCAGUGCAAACACGGCUAAACCUGCUGUCUGGGGACCCCCAAACAUGGGCUCCGAUAAACGUGUAAGCCGCAGUGAACGUAGCGGGAGGUACGGCUCCGCUUUUGAUAGAGAUGAUCGGGAUGAUCGCGACUCUAGACCUCGCCGCCGAGAAUCUUCAGAUUACAAGAGAUAUCGUGAUGAUCGAUAUGAUGACUAUAGGGACUAUGACAGCCCAGAUCGUGACAGAGAAAGAGAUCGGGAGAGACGUAACAGUGACCGCUCUGAGGAUGGUUACCAUUCUGAUGGCGAUUACAUGGAUCAUGACUAUCGCAACGACUAUUACAUGGAUGAAAAGGAGAGCAAAACAAUAAUGUUGAGGGGACUCCCUAUAAACAUCACAGAGAAUGAUAUUCGAGAACUGGUUGAAUCUUUUGAGGGUCCACAGCCUGCGGACGUGCGACUGAUGAAGAGAAAGACAGGUUUAAGCCGCGGUUUCGCCUUCGUGGAGUUUUAUCACUUGCAAGAUGCUACCAGCUGGAUGGAAGCCAAUCAGAAGAAGCUUGUGAUCCAGGGGAAGACUAUCGCCAUGCAUUACAGCAACCCACGACCUAAAUUUGAGGACUGGCUUUGUAGCAAGUGCGGUCUCUACAACUUUCGACGAAGACUAAAAUGUUUCCGCUGUGGGGCAGCCAAGGCUGAUUCUGACGUGGAAGCUCCUUCUGGAAGCUCUGAAGCUUCGCAGUCAGCGGAUUACUACAAUGACAGUGGCUAUGUAUCCUCAGCCAUAAUCCUCCGAAACAUCGGGCCUCACACCAUGGUGGAUUCCAUUCUGUCUGCCCUCGCUCCGUACGUCUCACUUGUGGUCAGCAACAUCAGGCUUAUAAAAGACAAGCAAACCCAGCAGAACAGAGGUUUUGCAUUUGUACAACUGCCUUCUGCACUGGAGGCGUCGCAGCUUUUGCAGAUCCUGCAGACUCUCCAUCCACCCCUUAAAAUUGAUGGGAAAACUAUUGGUGUAGAUUUUGCCAAAAGUGCUAGAAAGGAUCUUGUGUUGCAAGAUGGGCACAGGGUCAGCGCUUUCUCUGUGGCAAGCACUGCUAUUGCGGCGGCACAGUGGUCUUCAACACAGCCCCAACAGAGUGGGGAUGGUGCUGAUUAUGGAUACAUGCAGCCAGGGCAAGAAGGAUAUGGUGCUUAUGGGCAGUACUCCCAGGAUUACCAGCAAUACUAUCAGCAGCCAGGAGCAGCAGAGACGGGAACAGCAGCAACCGCAGAGGGCACUUCAGCUCCUGCUCCCACCACAAGUGCUGCAGUCGUUUGUCAGAGUCCUCAGCUGUACCAGCAACCUGGUUCCCCGACUCAGGCCAGCACCAGUGCCGCCGCUAGCACCACCGCUACCCCUACCACCACGGCAGCGCCGAGCACGACUUCUAGCACAGAAGAAGCCGCUCCUCCGAAUGCUAUAAUUCCUGGCGUCAAAUAUUCUGUUCCAGAUACUUCUACAUACCAAUAUGAUGAAUCCUCUGGCUAUUACUAUGAUCCUCAGACCGGACUGUACUAUGACCCAAAUUCCCAGUAUUACUACAACUCGCUGACCCAGCAGUACCUGUACUGGGAUGGAGAAAAGCAGACUUACCUUCCAGCAGCAGACGGCUCGGCACAAAACGCUGCGCAGGCCAACGGCCAAACCGCCACAGCUAAUGGUAACAAGGAGGGCAAGGAAAAAAAGGAGAAGCCCAAAAGCAAAACUGCUCAGCAGAUUGCAAAAGAUAUGGAGCGCUGGGCUAAGAGUUUGAACAAACAGAAGGAGAAUUUUAAGAACAGCUUUCAGCCUCUGAGUUCUCGAGAUGAGGAAAGGAAAGAGUCAGCCGCAGCAGAUGCUGGAUUUGCUUUGUUCGAGAAAAAGCAGGGUGCAUUGUUGGAAAGGCAGAUGAUGCCCGAUAUGAUGAUGAUGAUUACCACAGAGGAAGAAAAGCCUCCCAAGCGCGCAUUGGUUGCUGCCUAUAGUGGUGACAGCGAUAAUGAAGAAGAACCCGACAGACUUCUGGGGAUUAUAGAUGAGGACAAAUUGACUGACUGGAAAAAGAUGGCCUGUCUGCUGUGCCGCAGGCAAUUCCCCAACAAGGAUGCCCUCAACAGACAUCAGCAACUGUCUGACUUGCAUAAACAAAACUUGGAUGUGUACCGGAGGUCAAAGAUGUCUGAACAGGAGCUUGAGGCGCUAGAGCAGAGAGAGAGGGAGGCAAAAUAUAGAGAUCGGGCUGCAGAGAGGAGAGAAAAAUAUGGCAUUCCAGAACCUCCAGAGCCAAAGCGCAAGAAGAUGUAUGAUUCCGCAGUAGUAAAUUAUGAACAACCCACUAAAGAUGGAAUUGACAACAGCAACAUAGGCAACAAGAUGCUGCAAGCCAUGGGCUGGAAGGAGGGUUCAGGCCUCGGUCGCAAGAGUCAGGGUAUCACGGCUCCCAUUCAGGCUCAGGUUAGGAUGAGGGGGGCCGGUCUUGGAGUAAAAGGCAGCUCAUAUGGAGUAGACACAGCGAACACAUACAAGGACGCCGUGAGGAAAGCGAUGUUUGCACGCUUUACGGAAAUGGAAUGAGACGGAGCAGCAGUGGAUGUGCUGUUAAUUACCAUGGAUGGGAAGCACUGGUGUGGCAGAGCUGUCCCUGUAGCCCAGCAGAGAACAAUUCCAGAAGGUGACUGCAGACCUCUGUGAGAAAGCGGCACCCUCGCCUGUAUAUAUGUAUUAUUGUGUACAGUGUAAAUAUGUUUUUGUUUUGUGAACAAACUUUAAAUACUGUUAGACGGUGUUUCAAAGAAAGAAGUGCUGUGAAAGCCCCUCUCUCCCAGCGACCGGUCGGUACCUUAUUCCUUUAACUGUCAGGUGGACGGGUGUCCUGAUGUACAAUGUGGGAGAGCACCAGCUGCUUCCGAACGUGUGCAGGGUGGUUGCCGGCGUUUUAGUUUGAUUGGACCUUAUUUUUGGAACUCUUCAAGUGGUUGAUCAGUCACUGUUUAUUUGCAGGAAACACUGUAUAUAGUUUAUUUUGUCUCUUGUCUUUCCAAAGAAAUAAAUUUCAAAGCAAAAUCCAA